AUGGUACUCGAAACUCUUAAAAACGAGAAACUGAAGGAUUUCGACAAAAAGCGCGAGAUUGAAGAGAUUCUUUCAGUCAGUGUGAACAACGAACAAUUCUCGCAGCUUGUUAGCCUUUCGAAAAAAAUUACCGACUACGGCGCCGAAGAUGAGACCUCGGGGGACCCCGACGUCAAAAAUAUGGAACUGGAUGACGAGGUUGGAGUUGCGGUUGUGUUCGAUGAGAAGGAGGAGCAGGACGAUGACGAAGAAGAAUGGUUCGACAUUGGAGAUGACUUCCAACAACAAAAAUCUACUCUGACCCAGUCACCGCUGCCGAGAAAACAACCUCCGUUCUCGAUCCUCGACUCCGAGUCAAGUUUGCGCGACUGCGAGAACCAACUGAUUGAGCUCUUCGAAUAUCAAAGCUUCCAUAUCACAACCAGAUUCCUCAAAAAUCGCGAUGUCAUUGUCUGGUGCACAAAGCUCAUGCGAAGUAAUGCUGAUGAGCGGGUUAACGUGGAGGUUGCGAUGAGGGAAAGGGGCGCUGGCAAAUCCAAGCCGUCCGAUGCUAUGGACGUCGAUGAACAGAAACACGACGUGCCCAAGACCGCCACUCUAGCCCCUCGAAACGGACCGUGGAUUCGUGGGACGUCAUUACACGGAAGAGCACAGACACGUUACACAAAUCUCGUGCGACUAAUCAUCAUCGACGAAAUUCAUCUGCUGCACGAUGAACGAGGGCUUGUUUUGGAGAGCAUCAUCGCUCGAACUAUUCGACGGAUGGAGCAGACAACUGAGUACGUCCGCCUUGUGGGGUUGUCUGCCACUCCUCCCAAUUAUCAGGAUGUCGCCACCUUCCUGCGUGUCGACGACAAGAAGGGUCUUUUCUACUUUGAUUCGACCUACAGGCCUUGUGGGCUGCAACAACAGUUCAUUGGUGUCACAGAGAUGAAGGCAAUCAAGCGAUACCAGAUCACCAACGAGGUCUGCUACGAGAAGGUGCUGGAUCAAGCGGGUAAGAACCAAACCCUGGUCUUCGUGCACUCUCGCAAAGAAAUCGCAAAGACAGCCAAGUUUUUGCGCGAUAUGGCCACCGAGAAGGAAACGAUUACCCAAUUUGUCAAGCCUAACGCUGCCGUCCGCGAAAUUCUAGCCGAGGAGGUAAACAACGUCAAGGACAGCAAUUUGCGCGACCUUCUUCCUUUCGGUUUCGGUUUUCAUCUGGAAUGUCUCGUGAAGACCGUGGCCUCGUUGAAGAGCUGUUCGCCGACGGAUCCUUGCAGGUCCUUGUUUGUACUGCAACACUCGCUUGGAGUCAACUUGCCGGCGCAUACUGUCAUCAUCAAGAGCACCCAAAUAUACAACCACGAGAAAGGGCGUUGGGUCGAACUCUCUUCUCAAGACGUGCUCCAAAUGAUUGGUCGUGCUGGUUAA